CAUUUUAGUUCGUCUUUGAAAAUCGAACGAAACGAUCGUGGACGCACGCGCGUAUUUGCUUUAGAAUUAAAUUAUGCAACGAGUUAGAUGUUCAUUUUUAGUAAAAAUGUUACUUAAGUCUUGAAAUAUAAUGUUUUCUUUGCCGCUUAGUUGAGUAAAAAUACGUGUCUGCAAGUUUUGUAAUGAGAAUUUUAGUGCGUUAAAUACUAUUGCGGUUUAUUUAUAAUUAAUAAAGUUCAAUGAAAAUGAGCGCGUGCAAUAUUUUGAUCGGCGCAGUAAGAAGGUUUAAUUAUAGUUUUAUGUGCAACAAGAUAAACAAGUGUGAUGUAACCCUGAGUAGGAAAUAUUCGACGCGGGAACUCCUGAAAGAAGCGUAUUGCCGCACUAAAUUAAAAUGUCGAUCUAAGAAACUCCCUCAAGAUGUGAACCCUCGUGGAGUGUUCGCUUGCAAUGAGCUGGAUUUGUCCGAGGUGAAGGUCUAUGGCUUUGAUUAUGACUACACCCUGGCACAUUAUAAGCCCACACUGGAACACCUGCUUUACAACUUGGGUAGAGAUGUCUUAUUGGAAAAAUAUAAGUACCCUCCAGAGAUCCUCAAGUUGGAAUACAAGCCCAACUUCGCAGUGCGAGGAUUGCAUUAUGACAUUGAGAAAGGUCUUCUCUUGAAGCUAGACUCGUUCCUACAAAUCCAGUUUGGAGCAGUAUACCGUGGCCUAACACCUGUUUCAACAGAGGAAGUACUCAAGCUGUACAAAAACAGAAUAAUACCCAUUGCUUAUGUCGAGGGUGACCACAGAGCACAUAAGGCAAACAGAGCGAAGAUGGUGCAUUUAGCUGAUCUAUUUUCUGUACCUGAAAUGGGUUUAUUAUGUAACGUGGCCGAGUACUUCAUUAGAAAUCAUAUUGAUUAUCACCCGGAGAUUUUGUUCCUAGAUGUUAAGAAUUCUGUACAAAGUAGCCAUCCGGUAAUGCAUAAGAUUGUGGCGCAAAACGUAGAAGAGUAUAUCAGGCCUAACCCAGAUCUGAGGAAGUAUUUCCAAAUGUUACAACACAGUGACAAGAAACUCUUCUUAGUUACCAACAGCCCAUAUCAUUUUGUUAACGCAGGGAUGGAGAUGCUGGUGGGGAACGACUGGCGGGACUUCUUCGACGUGGUGAUAGUCAACGCCAAUAAGCCCAAGUUCUUCACGGAGGUGUCUCGGCCCAUCCGAGUGUUCGACAAGCACGCUAAUACACAUAUCUGGGAGAAGGUCACUGAACUUCAGAAAGGAAUAAUUUACUACGAGGGAACAGUGAAGCAGCUGCAAGACUUAACAGGAUGGAGUGGCCAUCAGGUGUUGUACUUCGGCGACCACCCUUACAGCGAUCUGGCUGACGUCACCCUUGAGCACGGCUGGCGGACCGGCGCCAUCAUCAAUGAACUUACGCACGAGAUCAACACGCUGAAUACGCAGUCGUUUAAGGAGAACGCGAACUGGCUGCAGAUGCUCACCCAGCUUAUAGAGGACCACCAGGACCAUAAGGAGCCUGAGGCUCUGGAGGUCCUCGCAGAGUGGAUGUCGGAGAGAGACUACCUCAGGAACGAGAUAAAAUCGGUGUUUAACCCGCAAUUUGGAAGCGUCUUCCGGACAUAUCACAACCCCACGUACUUCUCUCGACGAUUAUUCAGAUUUGCAGACAUCUACACCUCAAACAUUUCCAAUUUACUCAACUACUCACUCACACAUACUUACUAUCCACGCCGUGGUGUCAUGCCACACGAAUACGGAUCCUACUUUGUUUAAGGACGAAAAUAUGCUAAGUGUAAACUAAGUAAAAAUAUUGUACCUAAGCGUAAAACGUAGAACUUAAUUCGCAGUAUUGCUAGAUAUUCUAAAAUAAUUCAUACGUUGUACCUGGCGAUCUAUGAAUGGACAGAUGUUUAUCUAAUUAGAGCAAGUUUAAUUUUAGAGCAUAUUGUACUUUGUUCAAAGGUAAGUUUGCAUUGUUAGUUUUGAAUUGAGUGAGGAAAUCGUGUUGCAGAUUAAAUUUGCAUGAUGAUGAUAUGAAAAGAAAUCUGUAUGUAUAUUUCAGUUAUUGCCUGUUGACGUUGAUACUUUUUAUUUACUUAUUUAUUGUACCUAAUUGAUUAUUGUAAAAUUCGUUAAAGGUAUUCUGCCAACGGUGAUCUAGUCAGAAGUAUUUACUGUUUCCAUAAGUUGUUUGUAUGAUAAUUUUACUUUAUAUUUAUACGUAUUUAUAAUAGCUUUUAACAUAUCUAACUCGUCAAUUGAUAUUAAUCUGCAGUGAAACUCAACCAAUUAAAAAUAAGUAAAACGAUAAAUGUAAACAUGUUCAAUUGAAAUCACAUUAUAGUAACUUUGUGAAAUGAAAUGAAUGUAGGGGAUGUUCUCGUAUACCUACCUGCGUGAUAUAAAACAUUAAAUCAAUCAAAACUUUUUAAAAUUAAUGUUCAUAAGUCAUUGACGUUGAUGGUCUAUUUUUAUUUUUUCUAAACUUUGCUUUAUAUAAGAAUCUGUUUAUAUUUUAUUUUCUUUUUAUAUUCUACGUUUGAUAAAUUUGCAAUGUAAAAAAUAUUUUAAAGUAGUUUAAAAGUUUUUAAUUUUUAACUUUGUGUGUCAUUUUUACAACAUUACAUUUAGUUCACUCGUUCAUUUAAUGUAGUUGUAUGUGGCACUACGUUCUUCAAUCAAAGACUCAUUUUAUAAUAAUGAUGUGUGUGACGUAAGAUAACAUAUGUAGUUGCUAGUGCUAUACACUCGACAAUAAUUCAUCGUGUCAUCUCCAGACCUAAAUAGAGUUUAUAAAGUUGGCCGAUAGCAAAAUAUACCAUCUGUCGAAUUCCUCUAUUUAUACGUAUUUUUUACAUUUUUAGAUUGAUACAACUUUAUACUCUUUAAGCAUAUUGUCCCAAUGCAUUUUUUUUUAUUUUACCGAAGCAUUUGACAGAUUGUAUAUGUUCAUCCAAGGUCGAUUUUAUAUAAUAUUACCUUUAUAUUGAUGUUCUACUGAAGCAUGUACAAACUAUGUUAAUUAUGCCCAUGUUUUUAUAACAGAAAAUAAAAAUAAUUGUUGCUA